AAAAAGCCAAAAGCUUUGAUGAAAAUAUGGAGAUGGGAGAAGAAGAGGGGCAGGUGAGGGAAGCAAAAGGCCAAUAACGGUUGGAGACUCUGACCUUUCACUUGUAUUUGUAUCAAGUUAUUGGCAACAGAAGAAGAAGAAGAAGAAGACGACAAAGUAAGGCAUAGUUUGGAUGCUCCAGUUUAUCAGAACAGAAGAGCUGAGCUUAGCUGCUUAUAUUGUUAUCGUUAGUCUAGUAUCUACUAAAUCCUAAUUCAUUGGGAUCCUCAAAAGUCUAUAGUAAAUCCUGACCGUCCAAUCUAACACCGAAGUGUUCUCACUUGAGUACACGUGCUUCCUAUCUUUUCUUCCCUUUUUAAUGUUUUGCUUCCAUGCAUGGAAUUCUCCUCCAACUACAGCACAAAACAAAGAGAGAGAAACAGAAAGAGUCAUGGUUUAGCUUGAUUCUUCUUUUAUAGAGGCUCGUUCAUCGCCAUCUUUGGCGACCCAUUUCUUGAAAAGCUUUGAUUUUUUUUUCUCAUUUGUAAAAGAAAAAUUUCAACAGACAAAUGGAGUGGCUGACUCUGUGUAAUUGAUAAAAUGGGGAUUUGGAGAGAGCUGUGUGUUUGGUGGGUCUGAUCUUUUGUACUUGAUGAAAAAUAACUGUCACAUCUUUUGAUUCUUGUGAUCAAUCAAUAGUGACAAAUCAAUAAACUUGUUUGAUCUGUUUUUUGCUCUGAUUGUUGAUCUGGAUUUUUAUUUUGCUGCUCCUUCCUCUGUUUAGCACUAUGAUCAUCAUUUGGGUCUUCUCAUGAAAUGCAGCAUUUUUGAAGACUUGAAAGGUAAGAUAUAAGUUACUGAUCUUCUUCUCUUUACUGGGUAUUUUUAAUUUUCUCCAAUUAGAUCAUGGAACCAAAUCAAAAGAAAAAGUUGUUCAUUUGUAAGUUUUGCAAUAAGAGAUACCCAUGUGGCAAGUCUUUAGGAGGUCAUAUUAGGAUCCAUUUGAAUGGUAAUGGUAAUAAUAGUCAUAAUGGGAAUGGCAAUUCUACUGAUUUAGAAGAUGAAUCUUUUGUUGCUGCUAAUGGAAGCAAUAGCAAAAGAGACUCAGAACUUUAUCGUCUUAGAGAAAAUCCCAGAAAGACUAGAAGGUUUAUGGCUGAUUCAAGCAAUAGUCAUUUUUUGCAAGAAAAAGUCUGUAAAGCAUGUGGUAAAGGUUUUCAAUCGUUGAAAGCUCUUUGUGGUCAUAUGGCUUGUCAUUCGAAGAACAGCUUUGAAGAUCAGUCAGAGACUACUGAGAGGCUGAAAGAUCAAGUUUUUGAUAGCCAAUCAGAUACUGAGACAUCAGCUCCAAGUAAGAGAAGGAGAUCUAGAAGAAUGAGGUAUAAGACUAUUGGUGUUUAUUCUUCUUCCUUAUCUUCUGCUGCUUCUGAUUUAGAGCAAGAGCAAGAAGAGGUAGCUAUGUGUUUGAUGAUGCUGUCUAAAGAUUCUGGUUUUAAAGGGUGUUUUAGUUCGAUUGCUGAUUCUUCAGAUAACAAUUCUGUGGUUUUAGAGACUAAAUCAUCAUCAUCGCCUGAAUUGAAAAUUGGUAUAAAGAAAAAUGGUGUUAAUUGUGUAUAUAACAAUGGUAAUGCGGUUUUGGAGAUGAAGAAAGCAAAGAAACAAGUUAUGUCCACUGAAAAUGAUCAAUCUGAGAAUUCUGAUUCUGGGUAUUUUAGAAAUGGGCCUAAAAAGGUUGAAUCUGAAAUUUCAGUUCAUGGGUUCGUUGGGAAUGAUAAAUUCAAGAAACAUAAAGUUGAAUUUAGGUCUAGAUUCGAAGAAGAGGACAUUGAUCCUGAACUAGGGAAAAGAUUAAGUGGGUUUAGGCGAAUUAAAAAGGAAUUGGGGAAGGAUCUGGUUAGGGAAGAAGAAUCAAGAAAGAGAAGCAAAAAUGAGUUUAACAAUCUUGAAUUUCUUAGCAGUAAUGGUUCAAAGAUUGUUAAGCGUCCUUCUGUUGCUGUAAACAGAUCAAGCCAUAAAAAGAGUAAUGGUGGUUGCAGUGAUUCAAUAUAUGAGAGUGGGGAAAACAGCAUUAACACUGAUUAUGUUCCUAGUGAACUGCAUAAUAGUUGCAAAAGGAUCAAAUCUUGCAAUGGAAAAAACCCAGUUGAGCAGAAAUUGUCUGGCAAUGCAGAGAAAAAAUUUGGGACUAAAAAAGGCAAAGUACAUGAAUGUCCAUUUUGCUUUAAGGUGUUUAGGUCGGGUCAAGCUUUAGGUGGUCACAAGAGGUCCCAUUUUGUUGGAGGUGGUGAAGAUAGAACUGUUGUGAUUAACCAACAAGUGCCUGAAAUAUCAAUGCCAGCUCUACUUGAUCUUAACCUCCCUGCUCCAAUGGAAGAAGAAGCAAAUGGGUACUAUAUACCAACAUGGUAAUUCUUGAAAUUCUCUUCAAGUGGGUAAAUCUGGUGUCUAUAGAUGGUCCAUUUUUCGGUUUUGAUGAAGACGAUAGAGACUGUACAGGCAAAGUUGGUGAAUGUUUUUGGUUCUUUUGCUUCAGAUUGAAGGAUAUGUCUUACAGAGGUAACUUACUAUUCUAUUUGUCGCUUAAGAAAUGUAAGAAGCAAAAUCAUCUUUUUCCCUUUUUUUGCUCUGAGAUCUAUAGGCCUUUUUGUUUUGUUAUUAAACAUAGAUAUAGUAUUUUGAAUUUCAAGUUUCUUUCUUUACUGUUGA